AUGUUUCGCCCUAUUCUUAGACAAUGCGCUAAAAGAGCCGCCACUCCUCUGCGGCCAUGCGUUACACGAACAUUUGCCUCGGCAUCAGGACCGAGCUUUAACUGGGAGGAUCCCUUGGCCUCUAAUAACCUCUUGACUGAGGAGGAACGGGCAAUUGGAGAUACUGCAGAGAGAUACUGCCAGGAGCAAUUAUUGCCCCGCGUUCUGAAGGCCUACCGCGACGAAUCCUACGACCCCAAGAUUCUCGAGGAGAUGGGUGAGCUUGGACUGUUGGGUGCCACAAUCGAGGGUUAUGAUUGUGCAGGCGUUUCUUCUGUUGCUGGUGGUCUGAUCACCAGAGCUGUGGAGAGAGUCGACAGCGGCUACCGAUCUGGCAUGUCCGUUCAGUCUUCAUUGGUGAUGGGCGGUAUAUACGAGCAUGGAUCUUCUGAGCAGAAGGAAAAGUUUCUCCCUAAAAUGGCCAAAGGCAAGAUGCUCGGUGCCUUUGGACUAACAGAACCCAACCACGGUAGCGACCCCGGAAGCAUGGAGACGGUGGCCAAGCCUCAUCCGACUAAGAAGGGCUACUACUCUCUAAGCGGCGCAAAGACAUGGAUCACCAACAGUCCCAUCGCGGAUGUGCUGAUGGUAUGGGCAAAGCUACAAGAAACUGGCAAGAUUCGGGGUUUCCUAGUAGAGCGCAAGGACUGCCCACCAGGUACCCUCGAGACCCCAGCCAUCAAGGAUAAGAAUGGUCUUCGUGCUUCCAUCACGGGUAUGAUUCAACUCGAUAACUGCCCCGUACCAGAAAACAACAUGUUUCCCGAAGUCGAGGGCCUCAGGGGUCCCUUCAGUUGCUUGAACAAUGCUCGAUAUGGCAUUGCAAUGGGUGUCAUGGGUGCUCUGGAGGACUGUCUCGCCCGCGCUCGAACAUAUUCUCUUGAACGAAAGCAAUUCAAGGGCAACCCUCUUGCCAGGUACCAGCUUGUGCAGAAGAAGCUCGCCGACGCAUCAACAGAUGCCGCCUACGGCACACUUGCGGCCAUCCAGGUUGGGCGUCUCAAAGAUGAGGGCAAGGCGACGCCCGAGAUGAUCAGUAUGGUGAAGCGACAGAACUGCGAUACUGCUCUGCGAAACGCACGUCUCCUCCAGGAGAUCUUUGGAGGUAAUGCGGCGAGCGAUGAGUACAUGAUCGGUCGCCAUGUGGCAAACCUGUUUGUGACUCAGACAUACGAGGGCCAGAGCGACAUUCACAGUCUUAUUCUUGGUCGAGCCAUUACUGGUAUCCAAGCGUUUGUGUAA